UCGGAUGACUAAGGUGAACUACCCAGACGUUAGUCAGUCCAAAAAUUAACUUUUUCGGUCAAAUCUGAGCAAUUUAAGAAGAUACAGUGUUGUGUUGAAAGCUGCUGGUGAUCUUAGUGGAAAAUGGCCGAAGAAGGGCCCCAAAUCAAGGCCAUUGAUGGCGUUUCAUCUCCAGUGAUUGUCGCUUUCUGCCUUGCUGCAUUAUUCUUCUUCCUAUGCCUGGCCAUUGUGACAUACUUCUUAUACAGGAGACGUAUUCGGGAUGCUAAAAGAGGCCCUGAUAUGCCUUUGGCCUUUCAGACUCAUCGACGACCUACAGCAGUGAAGAGUCCGGCAGGAGCUACCACCCAUUACCUCAAGAAGAGUCCGAGUCCAACGGGCCCUUCUAAAACACCACCAGGGAUGUCCGUGCCACAAACUCCGAGCCCAACUGGUAAUCCACCAGCUAUAGGUGGACUUCUAGAAAAUGGCGUGGCAAAAGGAAAUGCAAAUGGAAACAACAAUGGUAAUGGACGUGAGAAGCAAGAAAUCACAAUUAUCCGAGAUGUCUACACUAGCGAAAGUGAAACUCAUAUGCCUAGCAAGGAAGAAAUGGAAACCAAUGAGAAGAAUCUCCAGCAGAGUGCAUCUUACCUUGGUCAACUAGUUUUCAAGUUACGAUACAAGCACGAUAAGAGCGCAUUGAUAGUUUCUGUGGUGCGCUGUAGAGAUUUACCAGCCAAAGAUCCAAAUAUCGGUUCGAGCGAUCCCUACGUCAAGCUUCAACUCCUACCUGACAAACAGCAUAAGGUGAAGACCAGGGUACUACGAAAGACGCGAAACCCGGUUUACGAUGAAGACUUCACUUUCUAUGGAAUAACUUUCUCUCAAUUGCCAGAUAUUACGCUACAUUUCGUGAUACUCAGUUUCGAUAGAUACUCCAGGGAUGAUAUCAUAGGAGAAGUCUUUUGUGCAUUGGAUCAAGUGGACAUUUCUCAGAUUGAGACACAACAAAUGGCUUUAUGCAAAGAGAUCCAACCGAGAAGUCUCAAGAUUCGAUCUCAAGGACGCGGAGAACUUCUAGUGUCUCUCUGCUGGCAACCAGCAGCCUCCAGACUCACCGUCGUCGUUCUCAAAGCUAGAAACUUGCCAAAAAUGGAUGUUACAGGAUUAGCAGAUCCGUACGUCAAAAUAUACCUAACCUACAAGGGACAAAGAUUGGCCAAGAAAAAGACACAUGUGAAGAAGAGGACGUUGAGUCCUGUAUUCAACGAGAGUUUCGUAUUCGAUGUUCCGCAAGAGGCCAGUGAGGGAUUGUCUGAUAUAGGACUGGAGUUCCUCUUGUUGGAUUGGGAUCGGGUCACUAAAAAUGAGGUAAUUGGAAGACUAGAUUUAGGAGGGUCCAAAUGCACAGGAACGGCGUUACACCAUUGGAACGAAGUCUGCAACUCGCCACGCAGACAGAUCGCAGAUUGGCACAAACUACGAGAAUAAGGCGGGAUUUUCUCAGUUUUCAAAUAAUCUUACCAUUAAUCAUGAAACUUGUCAGUCCACACUGAAUAUACAAUAACCAUCGCUAA